CGAUUUAUUCAGGUAUUGGGUGGGGGUGAUUGGCGUGGAGAGCCUCUCCACCUUGCAGGCACCUCGGAGGACUAAUAAUCACCUCGAAAGCUUCCACGCUAGGAUGUUGGCUGCAUUCGGCGUCAACCUGGAUGUGUGCAGUUUUAUACACAGAGACGAUCCGCAACGAGUGCGUAGGGCUCGAAGUGACAACAACGCCAACUCUGAUGCAAUCAGGAUGGCGCUGCGGCGAUUAACGCGCCAGGAAAUUACACUAAUAAAUUUCCUGACGACGGUGAGCCAUUGUGCUGACAACCUGAUAGAACGGGGAUUUGUCCAACAGCACAAUGGCCUCCAGGAAGCGGUCGUCGUUGACGAGGAAAUAAUUGAGUGGAUGUUGCCAGUGGCAGGAGAGUUUUUAAGCAAUUGA